AUGCAUCUUUCUACUUCGCUUUUCGCCACCGUCCUUGCCUUUGCGGCAUUCGACCAGGCGGCUGCUAUUUGCUACUGGGACUCUUGCUGCUACACCAACACAAACGGCCCUGGAGCUUGCCCGCCGCAACUCUGGAAGGUCUCCUUUACCUCAUCGUACUGCGCGGUAUCAAUUUGCCCUCUUCCGUGCACCAACCUCGCCGAUGGCUCCGCCUGCGACUGCUGCGAUAUUGCGACCGGAAAAUGCAGGAAGUGCUAG